AGCCCCUGCUCCUUCAGAUGUCAUCUACUGUCAGCGAUCCUACCAGAAUCACAGUGUACACUGUGUGGUGAACCCGAAGACCAGCAGUAUUCAUGGUCACCAUCCCAGUAUUUCGAUGAAGACAUCUACUCUCCCGCUCCUUCCGAGAACAUGAAGGGUCUAUCCGGCGGCCGGCCUCAGCUCCAGAUCUCCGCGGUGGCGGCGCAGCAGCAGCAGCACACGUGCGGCAUCUCGGACUGCGAGCACUCCCUGGACCACCUGGGACAGCAGCAGCAUGGCGGCCCGAUGGAGGCCUCGCGCCAGUCCUACCUGCUCAGUCCCACCGAGAGCUGCCCCAUGGAGCACCACCGCUGCUCGCCGCGCAGCUCCAUCCACUCCGAGUGCAUGGUGAUGCCCGUCUCCAUGCCCGUCUCCGACCACGUCUCCAGCAGCACCUUUCCCAGGAUGCACUACAGCUCGCACCACGAGGGCUCGCGGGACGACUGCUCCACGACGCACGGAGGCAGCGGCAAAAUGAACCGCAUCCCGGCUAACCUGCUGGACCAGUUCGAGAAGCAGCUGCCCAUCCACCGCGACGGCUUCCACACGCUCCAGUACCAGCGCACGUCCACCACGGCCACCAGCGAGCAGCGCAACGAGAGCCCCGGCCGCAUACGCCACCUCGUGCACUCCGUGCAGAAGCUCUUCACCAAGUCGCACUCGCUCGAGGGCUCGUCCAAAAUGAACGGCACCAAAGGCGGCGGAGGCGGCGACUCGCGGUCGGACGGAGGCGGAAGCGGGCACGGCGGGCACCACCACCACAGCCACCACGGCGGAGGACACGGCGGCCACCACAAACACAGCAAACGCAGCAAGAGCAAGGAGCGCAAGCCCAGCGACGGAGGCGGCGGCGGCGGCAGCACCAAGCACCGCUCGGGCAUGGCGGGCUGGUGGAGCUCGGACGACAACCUGGACAGCGACAGCACGUACCGGACGCCCAGCGUCAUGAGCCGACACCAUCACGUGGACCACAUCAGCCACUGCUACCCGGAGUCGGUGCACGGCCACUUUGGCGAGAUGUCGCUCAAGACCUCCAAGAGCAACAACGACGUCAAGUGCUCGGCGUGCGAGAGCAUGGCCAUGGCGCCCGAGGGCAAGUUCAUGAAGCGGAGCUCCUGGUCCACGCUCACCGUCAGCCAGGCCAAGGAGGCCUACAGGAAGUCCUCGCUGAACCUGGAGAAGCCCGUCAUGCCUCAGGACCUCAAGCCCUCGCUCAGGGCUUGCCACUACCUGCAGGUGCCUCAGGAUGAGUGGAGCGGCUACCCAGGCGGCGGCAAGGACGAUGAGAUCCCAUGUCGGCGGAUGCGCAGCAGCAGCUACGUGAAGGCCAUGGGUGACGAGGAGAGCGGUGAGUCCGACUCCAGCCCCAAGAAUUCGCCGCAGAAGACCAGCAGCCGCUCCGACGCCCUCGUCAAGUCCGUGCUACAGAGGCAGCUCUCCGACCAGAGUCAAAGCUACCAUUUGCAAGCCACGAGAGACAUCCAUCCCAGCAUCACCCUGGAUCCCUCGGCCAACUACAACUCCCCCAAGUUCCGUUCCAGGAACCAGAGCUACAUGCGGGCCGUCAGCACCCUCAGCCAGGCCAGCUGCGUCAGCCAGGUGAGCGAGACAGAGAUCAACGGCCAGUUUGAGUCGGUGUGCGAGUCGGUGUUCAGCGAGGUGGAGUCCCAGGCCAUGGAGGCGCUGGACCUACCAGGCUGCUUCCGCACGCGGAGCCACAGCUACCUGCGCGCCAUCCAGGCCGGCUACUCCCAGGACGACGAGUGCGUGCCCUCCAUGACCUCCUCCACCGUCACCUCCACCAUCAGAUCCACCACAGGAAUCCAGUUUCGGCUUCCGUCCUCAGGCAGUGUGGAUCGACCAUCGCCCCAGCCUCCAGCGGUCACCUACACGCCGAGCACACCCAGCUACAAGCGCACGCCUCCGCCGGUGCCGCCGCGCACCACUUCCAAGCCCCUCAUCUCGGUCACGGCGCAGAGCAGCACGGAGUCCACGCAGGACGCCUACCACGAGGGCCGCAUGUCGCGCUCGGCCCUCUGGGCCCCCGACGGCCUGAGCCUCAGCCUGGGCCGCGCCCUCUACAACUCCACCGACAGCCUGGACAGCACCAAGGCGGUCAGCAUCGCCAUGGAGGCGGCGGCGGCCAUGGCCAGCAAGAGGCACCCGUCCACCGACAGCCACAGCUCGGUCAUGACCUGCGACAAGGCCGUGCUGGUGUCCAAAGCGGAGGAGUACCUCAAGACGCCGAGGUCUUCUAUAGGAAUACAGGUGGAGGCGGCCACUGAUUCGGAGUCGGAGAGUAAAGGCCUGAGGGAGUUCCAUUCAGUGGGGAUCCAGGUGGAAGAUGAGAAACGGGGGCAGGGUCGCUUCAAGCGCUCCAACAGCGUGACGGCGGCGGUGCAGGCCGACCUGGGCGACCUGGAGGGCUUCCCCACCACGGAGGACAAGGGCCUGCAGUUCGGCGGCAGCUUCCACCAGCAGCCUCAUCACCACCACCGCCACUCGGAACCCAGCACGCCCACGCAGUACGGUGCCGUGCGCACCGUGCGCACCCAGGGCCUCUUCAGCUACCGCGAGGACUACCGCACGCCCACCGAGCCGCCCAGCCCCCAGCGCAGCCCCGAGCCCUGGCUGGAGGCUCCGCCCGCCUUACGGGACGCCGCCUCCACUGGGCCGGACUCGGGCCGGGCCUCGCCCUCGUGCCGGCGCGACGGCACCUGGUUCAUGACGCUGCUGCACACGGAGACCAAGCGCAUGGAGGGCUGGUGCAAGGAGAUGGAGACGGAGGCGGAGGAGCACGACCUGUCGGAGGACAUUUUAGGUAAAAUCCGGAGUGCGGUGGGCAGUGCUCAGCUCCUCAUGUCUCAGAAAUUCCAGCAGUUUUACUGGCUGUGUCAGCAAAACCUGGACCCCAGUGCAAUGCCAAGACCCACCUCUCAGGACCUGGCCGGGUUCUGGGACCUCCUGCAGCUCUCCAUAGACGACGUUACCUCCAAGUUCGACGAGCUCCAGCGCAUCAAGAGCAACAACUGGAGGCUUAUCGAGAGCCCGGAGAAGAAGGUGUGUGCUGAAGACUGGCAGUUGCCACCUCCUGUACCAAAGAAGCUUGUGCGGGCGAGGAGCGGGGUGACGCGGGAGAAGUCGCUGGACCUGCCCGACCGCCACCGGCAGGAGGCCCGCCGCCGCCUCAUGGCCGCCAAGCGCGCCGCCUCCUUCCGCCAGAACUCGGUGUCCGAGCGGGCGGACAGCAUCGAGAUCUAUAUCCCAGAGGCCCAGACGCGACUCUGAGAU